AUGGCUUGUGGAUCUCAAGGGAUCAAAAGUAAGCCUGUUUCAAGAUUCAAAGCUCUAAGGGAGAGUGCAUCGAGUCCGACUAAGAACAAGACUCCUGAGAAAAAGAAAGCCGAAGGCGUCCUAGACAGUAAAAGUGUCAAUGGCACCACGCCCAAUGCACCACAAUUGGACUGCAGUAACAUGCAAGACAUUGAUACAAUGGCGAAAGCCUACCUGAUGGGAAUGUAUGACGAUGACGUCGACGUGGAAGGUCCAUUAGUCGAGGACUUGAAAGAUUUCGAAAAGAUCAACAAGAUUGUUGAAUCGAGGGAUAGAAGAAAGGACCAACUAAUUGGCUCUACUGGAGGAGAGACGUAUGACAAAAAGUCUAAUGAAGUGGGAAUGGAUUACGAAGACACUGCAGAUAUAGAUGAUUAUGACGAGAACGAGACAAUGAUGAACGACAUAGAGGAGCACGAAUUUGAUGAAGAUGUGCUUGGUGAAGCUAAUGAUGAGAACGAGAUUACCAAUCAGGAGCUCAGCGACAGCUAUCAUAGGAUGAGAGAGAAGAUGCUUUUGAGAAACAGAGCGAAUCAGGAAGAACAAGGAUUUGAGCCCACGGAUGAGGAGGGAGCCCCUGUCAGGAUUAGCAAGUUCAAAGCAAGAAUGAAUAAGUAG